CCGUUACUAUCACGCUCCUCUCUUCCAUACAUCGCUAUCAUUUGCCCGAUUCACGCUCCUGUUUUUCGGGGUCGGUUGACGGGGGUUGAAAUGUUACAUUUACGGUCAAGGGCACUGCUCAAGGAGAUUUUACACGGCCAGCUGAAGCGACCUUUGGCAGGCGGAGUCCACGCAGCACCUGCAGCCGGCUGCUGGUCGCCUUCCCCGGCCACGGGGAGAGCUUUCACCGGGCCGCUCGUCAGGCAGACCGGCGCCAGAAGCUUUUGCUCCAAAGCAGACGGACACAACGAUGCCGCCAAAGAGUCUUCCAUGGAGAAGAGAAGAAAGGCAGGCGUUCUGCCCAGCCUGGAGGACCUGCUCUUUUACACCAUAGCUGAAGGCCAAGAGAAGAUCCCAGCACACAAAUUUACCACAGCUCUCAAAGCCACAGGGCUUCGCACAGGAGACCCCAGGCUCAAAGAAUGUAUGGAGAUGCUGAAGGUCACCUUGAAAACCACCUCAGAUGGUGCCCUGGACAAACAUCUUUUCAAAAAAUGUGUUCAGAGCAACAUAGUUCUGCUCACUCAAGCCUUCCGAAAGAAGUUUGUUAUCCCAGACUUUCAGCCCUUCUGCAGGCAUAUGGAUGAGCUCUACGAAAAUGCCAAGAACCUCUCUGGAGGACAGGUGGCGGACUACAUUCCCCAACUGUCACGCUUCAGCCCAGACUUGUGGGCCGUAUCGCUGUGCACCGUGGACGGUCAGAGGCACACGGUUGGUGACACCAAGGUUCCCUUCUGUCUGCAGUCCUGCGUCAAGCCGCUGAAAUACGCCAUCGCUGUACACGACCAUGGAACUGAGUAUGUGCACCGAUUCAUUGGCAAAGAACCCAGCGGCCUGCGAUUCAACAAGCUCUUUUUGAAUGAUGACGAUAAACCACACAACCCCAUGGUGAAUGCCGGUGCCAUUGUGUGUACCUCUCUCAUUAAGCAAGGCGCGAGCAACGCUGAGAAGUUUGAUUAUGUCAUGAACUUCAUGAACAAACUGGCCGGGAACGAAUAUGUUGGCUUCAGCAAUGCCACGUUCCAGUCAGAGCGCGAGUCAGGAGACAGAAACUUUGCCAUCGGCUACUACCUGAAGGAAAAAAAGUGUUUCCCAGAGGGAACAGACAUGACCUCCAUCUUGGACUUCUACUUCCAGUUGUGCUCCAUCGAGGUGACCUGUGAGAGUGCCAGCGUCAUGGCAGCAACCCUCGCCAACGGCGGCUUCUGUCCCAUCACGGGAGAGCGUGUGCUGAGCCCAGAGGCGGUGCUGAACACUCUGAGUCUGAUGCACUCAUGUGGCAUGUACGAUUUCUCCGGACAGUUUGCCUUCCAUGUCGGACUGCCAGCUAAAUCUGGUGUUGCCGGUGGCAUUCUGCUGGUUGUUCCAAACGUCAUGGGCAUCAUGUGCUGGUCUCCUCCUCUGGACAAGCUGGGCAACAGUGUCCGAGGCAUCCAGUUCUGCACGGACUUGGUUUCCCUCUUCAACUUUCACAACUACGACAAUCUGAGACACUUUGCAAAGAAGCUGGACCCUCGCAGGGAAGGAGGGGACCAGAGAGUGAAGUCAGUGAUUAAUCUGUUGUUCGCUGCCUACACUGGGGACGUGUCUGCUCUAAGGAGGUUUGCCUUGUCCUCAAUGGACAUGGAGCAGAGGGACUACGACUCCAGGACGGCUCUGCAUGUGGCAGCGGCCGAAGGCCACGCUGAAGUGGUUCGCUUCCUGCUUGAGGCCUGCAAGGUCAACCCAAUUCCCAAAGAUAGGUGGGGCAACACACCGAUGGAUGAGGCAGUCCACUUCGGCCACCACGACGUGGUCACCAUCCUGCGUGAUUACCACAACCUGUUCAGUCCUCAGGAGAGCCCGGCGACAAAGGAAAACGCGGAGAAAAACUUGGAUGGCAUGCUGUGAAAUGUCAGGUGUUUCUAGACAGAACGUCAUUCUGUUCCGAUGACAAAAAGUCUUAAUCUUGUUGUUAGCUGGUGUCAUGCCGGGUUUCUCCACGUGUACUUCUACUGUAUUCUUUGAUCCGCUUUACUUUUGUGACACACCCGGGAAGAUGUUACCAGCCAAACGCUGAAUGCUGGCUUCAUUUAGCGGCUGCCGGUUUUCUUUGAACUCUGAAAAGUACGUAGACUAGUAGGGAUGUCCGAUAAUAUCGGACUGCCGAUAUUAUCGGCCGAUAAAUGCUUUAAAAUGUAAUAUCGGAAACUAUUGGUUUCGGUUUCAAAAAGUAAAAUGUAUGACUUUUUAAAACGCCGCUGUGUACACGGACGUAGGGAGAAGUACAGAGCGCCAAUAAACCUUAAAGGCACUUCCUUUACGUGCCGGCCCAGUCACAUAAUAUCUACAGCUUUCCACACACACAAGUUAAUGCAAGCCAUACUUGGUCAACAGCCAUACAGGUCACACUGAGGGGGGCCGUUUAAACAACUUUAACACUGUUACAAAUAUGAACCCACACCAAACAAGAAUGACAAACACAUUUCGGGAGAACAUCCGCACCGUAGCACAACAUAAACACAGCAGAACAAAUACCCAGAACCCCUUGCAGCACUAACUCUUCCGGGACGCUACAAUAUACACCCCCUGGUACCCCCUACCUCAACCCUGCCCACCCCCCAACCCCGCCCACCUCAACCUCCACAUGCUCUCUCAGGGAGAGCAUGUCCCAAAUUCCAAGCUGCUGUUUUGAGGCAUGUUAAAAAAAAAUAAUAAUGCACUUUGUGACUUCAAUAAUAAAUAUGGCAGUGCCAUGUUGGCAUUUUUUUCCAUAACUUGAGUUAGACUUAGACUUAGGAAAUCUUUAUUGUCCCCGAGGGGCAAUUUGGUUUGCAGCAGUAGUCAUUAAAAACAAGGUACAACAGUAAAAACGAGGUACAACAGUAAAAACAAGGUACAACAGUAAAAACAUGGUACAAAUACAUAAAAUACAUACAACAUACAAACCAUCAUGAAGGCAUUGAGCUAAAAACUAAAAACAUUUGUAAUACAAUAAAAACUAAUCAUCACAUGUCGCUUCCCACUAAAGUGACUGCAUAGCAGCUAAGCUUGUUUAAGAAGCUCAUUUAUAAAGUCAACAGCUGAGGGAACAAAGGAUCUUAUGUAUCUGUUGUUUUGGCCUUCCUAUUACUGGGGGCGUACCUGCAUCCUGAGGGCAAGAGUCUAAACUCUGAGAAGAGAGGGUGCUGAGGGUUGACCAGAAUGGCCUUUGCCUUCUGGAUGACUCUGGCCUGAUAGAUCUGGUUCAGGGGGUUCAAGGUAGUGCCUGUGGUCUUUUGGCACACCUUGAUUACACCACCUAGUCUGUUUUCAUUGGCCACACUGAGGUUACCAAACCAGGAAGUGAUAGAAGAUGUUAAAAUAGACUCGAUACAUGAUGAAUAGAACAUCCUCAUCAACCUGAAAGCCCCUCAGUCUCCUCAAGAAAAACAGCCUCUGAUUGGCCUUCUUGCAAAUACGGUCAGUGUUGGCAUCAAAGGUCAAUUUGUUGUCUAAAAUUGUGCUUAGAUACUUGUAUUCACGGACUAUCUCAACAGCAGAGCCAUUAAUGAGAAUGGGUGAGUUGAUUUAUUUUGGAAAACCUUGUUACAUUGUUUAAAGGGGAACAUUAUCACAAUUUCAGAAGGGUUAAAACCAUUAAAAAUCACUUCCCAGUGGCUUAUUUUAUUUUUCGAAGUUUUUUUCAAAAUUUUACCCAUCACGCAAUAUCCCUAAAAAAAAAGCUUCAAAGCGCCUGAUUUUAACCAUCGUUAUAUACACCCGUCCAUUUUCCUGUGACGUCACACAGUGAAGCCAACACAAACAAACAUGGCGGAUAGAACAGCAAGAUAUAGCGACAUUAGCUCGGAUUCAGACUCGGAUUUCAGCGGCUUAAGCGAUUUAACAGAUUACGCAUGUAUUGAAACGGAUGUUUGUAGUGUGGAGGCAGGUAGCGAAAACGAAAUUGAAGAAGAAACUGAAGCUAUUGAGCCAUAUCGGUUUGAACCGUAUGCAAGCGAAACCGACGAAAACGACACGACAGCCAGCGACACGGGAGAAAGCGAGGACGAAUUCGGCGAUCGCCUUCUAACCAACGAUUGGUAUGUGUUUGUUUGGCAUUAAAGGAAACUAACAACUAUGAACUAGGUUUACAGCAUAUUAAAUACAUUUGGCAACAACAUGCACUUUGAGAGUGCAGACAGCCCAAUUUUCAUCAAUUAAUAUAUUCUGUAGACAUACC